AUGUCGUCGCCAAGUUCGGGAAAACGUCGUAUGGACACGGAUGUCGUCAAGCUAAUCGCUAAUCACCAUGAGGUCACAUUGCAAAACGGACUAAACGAGUUUGUAGUCAAAUUCUAUGGUCCGAAAGGAACUGCUUAUGAGAAUGGCGUUUGGAAAAUUCGGGUCGAUUUGCCAGAAAAAUAUCCGUUUAAAUCACCAUCUAUUGGAUUUAUGAACAAGAUUUUCCAUCCAAACAUUGACGUAUCGAGUGGCACUGUUUGCCUCGAUGUUAUAAACCAGGCCUGGACUGCCUUGUAUGAUCUUGCAAAUAUUUUCGAAUCGUUUUUGCCGCAGUUACUCACUUACCCAAAUGCCCAAGACCCGUUGAACGGCGAAGCGGCCCAAUUGUACAUUCAUAAACCCGAGGAGUUUAAAAAGACGUGUAAAGACUAUGUCGAUCGCUAUGCUACCGAAGAAGCCAUUAGAAAUUGUUUUCUAUCUCGCGUGAAAGAAACUCGCAAUGAAGAAGAUGACAGUUGCAACGACGACGACGACGUCUCCUCUUUGUCGGACUUCAAUCCAGAUGAGGAUGACGAUUUCAUGGAUCCCAUGGAAUUGUAG